UCGAGAGUCGAAUCAGACAGAGCAGGGUCUGUCAUUCUUUUAGUUUUAGGAAAAUUGUAAAAAUAGUUAUUUUAUUUGGAAUUUGUUUUACCGAAACAUGAAGACGACGUUUUACCAGACGCUUAUAGUGCUGGUGAUUUUAUGCGGCGCGUACUCAGUCACCAACAAGACAGUGGGUGAUGAAAUCAUCCUCGAUCCAGGCUCUAAAGUUGAAAACAUCACCAGCAUAACGUGGAUACAUGACGGGCACAUUGUCGCUGAGUGGUAUAAAGUCUCUUUAAACACUGUCUGCUACGAGCAGCUCAAAGGUCGCUGUAAACUGGACACCACAACUGGAGAGUUGACCAUCUUUAACCUGACACUAGAGGACAGUGGGAUCUACAAAGCAGAGAUCAACACACACUCACACACAACUGAACUGAAGGUUUUCUCACCUGUUCCUCAACCAACUGUCUCCAUGAGCUGUGACAACACAACUAAACCCAAGGUUUUCUCACCUGUUCCUAAACCAACUAUCACCAUAAAAUGGAACGAUGAAAAGACCCACUGUGUUCUGACCUGUGAAGGCAUCACUACAGAUGUUGGACCAGUCAACUACACCUGGUGGUCAGAUAAUAAGAUUAUAAAUGAAUCCAAGGAGCUGAUCAUAACAAAGGAGGAGAUGAACUCUGGGUUCAUCUGUGAGGUGAAAAAUCCAGUCGGCUCUAAAAGAAGCGAAGAAUUCAUCAACCCCUUCAUCACCAACAAAAAUCAGACGACAUCAAUCAUACCAGUGGUCUUGAUUCCAUUGGGUUUUGUUAUUUUUUGUGUCUGUGUCAUCUUGUGCCAACGCAGAGGACGACAUGUGAAUGAAGGUAUCCUCUGACAGAGAUGCUGAAGCCUACUGCAGCAGGAAGACAAAAAAAAAAAAAAAAAAAAAUCAAAAUCUGAAAAAAAGAAAAUUAUUAUAAAAAAUUCAAAAUUCCCUCAUAAUUGAAAAGAAAAUCAAAGAAAAAUUACAAUUACAACUAAUUUUUAUGAAUUAAAAAAGUCAAAACAACCAGCAAGUGGUGAUGCUAGAGAGGGAACUAUUCCCUUUUAACUAAACUUAGCUGCAAGUGUUGUUCCAUUCAGUCACUUCUUCAAGCAUUAAUCAGAAAGCUGAUAUGACAAUCACAACUUUUCACUAACGGACAUUUUUAACUGGAGAGCAAGACGACAUUUGAUAGUAACCUGGCUUAAACUGCCAGUAAAAAAGAAAAAAAGAAAGAAAAAUAAGAAAAAGAUACACUCAAUAAAAAAAGAAAAAGGAAAAAAAUUUUAAAAAAAUGAAAAAAAGAAAAUCAUUACAAAAAAAUUAAAAAUGCCCUCAUAAUUGGAAAGAAAAUCAAAGAAAAAUUACAACUUCUCAAUUUUUUAUGAAUUAAAAGAUUGUUCAUUUUAAACCUGAGACAGAACAAGAUAAUAUCACAAUAUGAAAACAAAAACCCAAAAAAACCCUAAUUUUUAUAAGUCAAAACAACCAGCAAGUGGUGAUGCUAGAGAGGGAAGUAUUCCCUUUUAACUAAACUUAGCUGCAAGUGUUGUUCCAUUCAGUCACUUCUUCAAGCAUUAAUCAGAAAGCUGAUGUGACAAUCACAACUUUUCACUAACGGACAUUUUUAACAGACUCUGUUGGUGUUUUCAUGCAAAAUAUGUGGGAAAAAAAUGCAAUUUCUAUGAAAUAUUAGCAAAAAAAUAAAUAACUUUAAUAAUGUAGCUUUAGCUGGGAAUAUUUACUUAUUGGAACUAUGACAACCAACACUAGAGUACACAAAUUUUGAGAUUUAAUGUUAUGCAUCAAUUAAUGUUAAUGUUCAGUGUCACUGUAUUUUUGUAUUUCUUGUUUGUACACAUGCAAAUUUGCACAUUUUUGUACAUUUUUUAUUUAUUUUGUUAUAUUUUAUACUUAUUUACUUUUUUUGUUGUUUUUUUUUUGUUUUUUUUAAGUGCAACAAAGCAUUUUACUGUGUUCAUGCACUUCAUAUUAAAUCCAAUGCCAUAAUGUCUGAGCCAGAAGAACAGUGUUUUAGCAAAAACACAGAUGAAGUAAAGAAGGACGUGAACAUGUAACAACUGUUAGGUUCAUUUUAAUGUUACAUUUCUUCUUCUGCAGCUCAUUCCUCCACAGUGACUUUUGAGAGUUGAGAAUCUUUUUUAUAAUAUUUACAGACUGUAUCAAGUGUUAGUGAAGGAUCUUCCUUCAUUCUGCUGUGAUCCUCUACAAACACAUAUGUAUUAACUCCUGUAGUAUUUAUUUCAUUGUGUUUACUGUCCUCAAACUGUGUGCUGCUGUUACACUGAUAAAUAAAAGAGUCUUGACUGAAAAA